UUUCUGUCCUGCCUGGACUGUGACCAGGAAGGAAGUGGAGCGGCUCUGUCUCCCAGGAGAUGGAUUUGUAUGACUGGAGCUGGAGAGGAGGCCUGCCGGAAGCCAGGGACCAACGGGUCCCGAGAUCCAACGUGUCCCGAGGGAAUGGCUGGUCAAGGCCCCUGAGCUCCUUCCAGGCAUUGGCUUGGACUCUGCUGUUCAUCGUUGCCCUGGCCAACUUCCGCAUCUUCAUCCCCUUUCUGCCGCCUAACUGGAACUUCAUCGCCUAUGGUGUGACUGGCGGGCUUUUCGUUUUCCACCUGGUGGUCCACUUGAUGGCAGCUUCCAUCAAUCCGGCAGAGGCUACUGUGAGGCUCAAGAACUAUGCAGAGCCUGUGCCUCAUUUUGACCGCAGCAAACCCGCUUCCGUCAUCCAGAACCUGUGUCAAGUCACAGACACUAAGAAGGCCAAACACUGUGGUCUCUGCAACAAGUGUGUAUCUCACUUUGACCCAUGCAGAUGGCUGAACAACUGUGUGGGGAUCAGAAAUUACUCGUGA